AUGAGUAGAACAGAAAUCCAUAUUAAUAGAACUAUCCUGGCUCAAUUACCUUUCUAUGGUGUAUAUAGUGAUGAUGUUUUUAUCGAUCACUGUACCAGUGAAAGGUAUUUGAACAAAUUUACUAGCCUGUAUGAUCUAGACGUAUUCAAUCUUAAUAUUGAAACAGACGCUGAUAUUAAUCCGGAUCGAAAUGCAAUGAGCAACCAUAUUAAAUGUAAAUAUUAUUCUCCAGAGAGCUUUACUAAAAUUGAAAAGGAUCCAUACGGCUCAAGUGAUAGGCAUUUUUCUUUUUUUCACAAUAAUGUAUGUAGUCUGCGCAGAAACUUAGAACAUUUGCAAACUCAAAUAUUGGAUGAGCUUGAUUUUUCAUUUAGUGUAAUAGGCAUUACAGAAACGUGUAUCAAACAAAACAAUUUUAAUGAUUUCAACUAUAAUAUUACUGGAUAUUCAUUUGAAUUUGUACCAACGCCUCUUGCUGCUGGAGGUGUUGGAAUGUAUAUUAAUAAUCGAUUUAAUUAUGUGGUCAUUGAAAAGGCAAUUAACCUAGCUUACCAAGCACUUUGGAUUGAAAUUGAUAUUCCAAAGAAAAGAAAUAUCAUAUGCUCAGUUAUAUACAGGCAGCAUAAUUUGCCUGAGGCGUUUCAAACAUACUUUGAACAAAAAUUAGAAUAUUAUACCUCAAAAGGCAAGCAUGUAGUUAUCAUGGGUGACUUCAACAUAGAUCUUUUAAAAAUUGACCAAUGCAACUAUGCACAUAAUUUUAUGCUAUCUUUACAAAGUUGCUCGAUGAUCCCUAGCAUUGAUAAGCCUACACGUGUCCACAGAAAUUCAUCCAAGCUAAUUGAUAACAUAUUUAUCAAUAACCCUGAUAAUAUAUUAGCUAGUGGGAAUAUAAUAUCUGAUGUGAGUGACCACUUUUCACAAUUUUGUAUUUUAGAUUCUAUAGCUAGCGUGAGGCAGAAUAUUUUUAAACACAAAUAUCGUGACUAUUCACAAUUUUCCGAAACUCUGUUUAAUAAUGAGCUCUCAGAAAUAGACUGGGAGUCGAUUUUAAUGAAUUCAUCAGAUAACCCAAACAAGGCAUUUUCGACUUUCUUUAAUAAAUUAAACAAAACUCUAAAUAAACAUGCACCGCUUAAAACUAUUUCAAAACGUAAACUGAAACAACCAAUCAAACCAUGGAUAACGAAAGGGAUAAGACGAUCAAUAAAGAUUAAGAAUAAGUUAUUUCACUCUAAUAAUAACACAAAAUACAAGUUAUAUCGUAACUAUCUUGUAACUUUAAUUCGGUCAAGUAAAAAGUUGUAUUACAGUGAUUAUUUUAACUCCUAUUACAAUAACAUGAGUAAAAAGUGGGAAGGAAUAAGGGAAAUACUAGGGCGCAAUAGCAAAACUAAAAAGAAUAUCAAUGCUGUUCGACAAGAUUCAAAUGCCCAAUUAACAUUUGAUCCCACAAAGAUAUCAAACAUAAUAAACCAUCAUUUCGCUUCUUGUGGUCAACGAUUAGCUGCAAAAAUACCUCAUUCUGAAAAACAUUAUUCAACAUAUCUUCCUGACCAAAUCAUGUACAAUUCCGCCAAUGUUUCCCAACAACAAGGGUCUUUUGCUUUUAUCCCAGUAACAGCUCGAGAUAUUGAACUUGAAAUUAAAACAUUACCUGCCAAAAAGGCUGAAGGCCUGUAUUCGUGCCCUUAUCGAAUCUUAAAAAGUGCCCAACAUGUUAUUAGCAAGCCUUUAGCAGAUAUCUUUAAUUGCUCCAUUGAAACUGGAAUAUAUCCUAGCAAACUUAACAAUUUACAAACCUGA